AUGCGUCCAGUGGAACUGAAACGCCUGAGCGUAGAGCGCUUGAAUAAUACACGAGAUGCGGAAAUCGAUGUGCUCUUCUUUAACCGGGCCGCUAAAGUGGGCAGCGAAGCGAUUCUUGAGCUUUUUAAUGCGCUCGAAAACUACAAUGACGAUCUAGUUGUGGAGCGCACAGGUCUGCAACAGAGUGUCUUUCGGCAGCUGAAUAGGACGAAACAGCGUGAGGCAGCCGAGUUUAUUGCCGAUCUUGAAGAAGGGACUUUUUACAUAGAGCACAUCAAUUGGUUGGACUUUGAGGAUUUUGAUUUACCUAAGCCCAUAUAUAUGGGAAUGGUACGCGAUCCCAUUGAGCGCGUGAUCAGCUGGUUCUACUAUGUACGCGGCUCAUAUAAAAACGCCAUAGAAUAUCGAAAGUUUCCAAACAAAAGGAUUAGACCAGCCGCUUGGUAUAAGAAAAACUUCAAUGAUUGUGUGAGGAGCGGUGAUCCGGAAUGUCAGUAUGUGCCACACACAGUGAAGGAUGCGGUGCCAAACUUUAAGCGUCAAUCUUUGUUCUUUUGCGGCCAUCACGAUGACUGCCUUCCCUUUAAUUCCCCGGCCGCUGUCCAAAUGGCCAAGGAGCAUGUAGAACGGGACUACGCAGUGGUGGGCAGCUGGGAAGAAACAAAUAUUACACUCACCGUAUUAGAGCAGUAUAUACCACGAUUUUUUCGCGGGGCCAAGCUGAUGUUCGAGAUGCAUAAUGACAGGAUCACCAACCGCAACAAGAAUAAGCGUAAGCCUUUCAUAGAACCAGAAGUCAAGCAGCUGCUCAAAGCCAACUUUACGAGCGAAUAUGAAUUCUACCAUUUUUGCAAACAGCGGCUAUACAAGCAGUAUUUGGCGUUGCAUUUGCAUGAACUGGAGGCGCGUGGACUGCUGGUAUAG